GCCAACGACUCCCACCAGGUGGGAGAGAGAGAAGGUUAUCCUUUUUGUUCUGCGUUAUCAGAUCUCGCUUCCCCCAACUACCACCUCGCCCAAAAAAACAUCAUCUCAGCUACUGGUGUACUAUUGUUCUGGGAGAUGGCUCAGCAUCGGCAGCUUGUUUCAGCUUCAUACAGAUUUGACGGCGGUUCACUGGUGCUUUUUUGGGCGAGUGCAUGGAAUGGGGAAGAGAGGGGGAAGGGGAAGGGGGGAUCAAUGCGUCGUCUAAAGGGGGAAACAUGUAUGUGUUUCAGAUUGGGAGGAGGAUACUUCAUCAUCUACUCAUUCAAUCUCAUUCACUCGCUCACUCUCUCACACACACUCUCUCUCUCACUUGUGCUUGAUCAUACGUCCCGUCUUCCAUCUCACCCUCACAGCUUCUCUCACUCUCUGCAGCAGCGCAUCGAGCAGAACACAGACACAUACAAAGACUAUCCCUGCACGACAGCCCUUCCGAAGCACCUUUCCCCCCUCGGUCCAAGCUCCUUUGACCUGACUCCUCAAGCGACUCCAUCAACCCCCUUUGAAAGGGACAUAAAGGCAUCGUCUCUGUACUGUCCAUCGCCACCGUCUCUCACCAUCCUCAACAUCUCAUCUUCACGCCUCGCCUCGCCUCACUCGGAUCCAGGCCAGGCCCCCAACCACCACAUCCCCUCGCCACCAUGUCGACCUCCCACUCCCACUUGAUGAAGACCACCCGAAGGGGAAAACCAUAUGUCAAGGACACCCAUGACCUCUUCUCCACCCUCAUCAUCUCCUUGCCGCUUGAGAAUCAUCGAAGUUUCCUCAAAACAUACCCCAACAGCUUCAUCUGGUAAGUCGGGCUGAACGCUCUGUCGCUUCCCACCCCUUUCACAACCCGCUCACACCCUAU